AUGGGAUCCAGCAGUAAAAAGAGAAAGGAGAAGCAAAAAGACUUCCAGGCGCAGAAACCGAAACUCAAAGUCGGCAAGGCAAAGCCCAAGCCAGACAACUUCACAGACACGAGCUUUCAAUCAAAAUCAAUCACCCUAAACCAACAAUCUCUCCGCCUCUCCGCCCCCUCCAGCAACACCCAAUUCACCCAUCACCUCUCCUUACUAACCUCCAAAUCCGACACCCAACGCCGCGAGUCCCUCUCGCACUUAACCACCGCCAUCACCUCGCGGCCAGUGGACUCUCCUAUCCCGCAACCAGUAAGCGUGAUUCUCCCAAACCUCCUCCCCCUAAUCCUAGACGCAAGCACCAGCGUGCGCACGCAGCUGCUCAAGCUCCUCCGCGCGUUGCCAGCAAGGGAUAUCGAAGACCAUGUCUCGCAGAUGAUGCCGUACAUUCGUGCGGGAAUGACGCACUUAGCGGUUGACAUCCGCGUGUCUGCGGUAGAGGUAUUGGCGUGGCUUGUCGAGGUUGCGGGGGAUGAGGUAGUGUCCUGCGCCGGGGGGUGGAUUAAGACGCUGAAUUGCUUCCUUUCUGUGCUGGGAUGGCAUACGGAGGAGUCGGCAAAGUGGUCUGCCAAUCGUGCAUCGUUUGGGAAAGCGGGGAAUCAGGGGAAGGCCAUGAUCAAGGUGUUAGGGGCGUUUGGGGGAUUUUUGGAUGCGGGGUUAAGCGAUGUUGACAGAGAUGUGGAUGUGGACGAGGGUGUUGAUGUUUCGUCGGAGGGCGGCGAGAGCUGGGCCUUCCCGCUCUGUCAGACGGAGCAGCAUAUGAUCCCCAGUGCGUCGGUGCCGUAUGCAUAUCUGAAUUUGUUUGGGCAGCCGCGCGACGAAGAAGGGGAGAUGUAUGAGACACGGGAGGACCGGUACCGCGUGUUUGCGAAUCGGUUUAUGCCCGCUGUGCAGCGGGGGUUGGAGAAUGCACGGCAAGAAGGUGGUGAGAUUGGUCGCGCGUCGUCGGGUGCAAGCAAAGCGUUGAAAGAGGCCGUUGCCAGUGUUUGA